GGUAUUCACCUUUCAUUUGGUCUUAAGGAAAUCUGUUCUCAAAUGUCAGAUGACUGAUUUGGAAAUGGAUCGACGAAGGCAAGACUAUUAUCAUUCUGAACCCUGUAUUAUUCUGAGGGGGCCCAACAUCUCACAGCCAAAUAUCCGCUCAAUGGUGGCAGCUUCAGGAAGCACUAGUAAUAUUGAUUCCCACUAUUCGUCAGAUGCUUAUGACAACGGUUUGCUGUAUGGGAUGACACAGUUUAAUGGGGUUCAUCAUCUACCCAAUCCUGAUGUUGGUGCCGCUGCAUGUUCUAGCUUGUUUUAUUCUGCAAUUAAUCCCGCCUCUGGUGCUGGUGUAGUACCUCAGCCCAUUAAUUACCGAGCAACUGAUCAAUUGCCAGCUCCAGGCACAUAUGCUGUCUCUGGAAUUUUUAUGGAUGAUGCAAGAUGCCCAUACAAACUAAAAGUUAUUGAGGGCAUCAGAGGAAACUACCAACAUUUUAAUGCUGCAGCUAGUUCUUCAGUAGCUCCUCCAAAUGCAAGGCACUCUGAUGGGGUUCCUGUAUCAUUUUCUUUACCUCAAUUUAGAGGAAAUCACGUUCCAUCACUUGUAGAAAUUGGACCUCAUGGUAGUGUGUGGAGUAGAUCUGGUGACUCAGUUAUGGUGCAUGAACACAACCAUUUAAUUCAAGGAAACUACUUGGGCCAGCAUUUUCAACCAGCUCCACCUCCCUGGUUGGACCAGCAGUUGAACGGUACUAACAGUGAAGGACAUAAUAUGGCCUGGAAUCAGUCCCAUUCAAUACCUCAUAUGCAAGCAGCUGUUAAUGGAAGUUCAUUAGAAAAUGCAAAUACAGGUAUGCAGAGAUAUCAUGAUGCAGCUAGCAACAGAAGCAGCCUCAGGUUUGCUCAUCCUCCUCCUGUUAACCACCAGCACCAUAAUUAUCAACUUCCAACUCUGCCUAUGCAAGGAGUAAGGGGCCACAAUAUCAACUUUCACCCUCCAGUUACUGCAACUGCUUACAGAGGGGUUCCGUCAAAUUCUCCGCACAGUACCAUUAUCCCAAUGCAGAAUGGUUUUGGGUUGGGUGCUAGGCACGUUGGCCCUGCAACAUCAGCAAGCCAACGGGCACAUCGUUCUCAUAGAGGAGUCGUGCAGGAUACAUCUCUUAGACAUCACAAUUCCCGUCCAGUGAGUUUUCUCCAUGUUGAUGAUGUUGCUUUGCUUGAUGGCGUGGAAAAUUUAGUUGACCAUCAUCAUGGUGAUAUGCGUUUGGACAUAGAGGAUAUGUCUUAUGAGGAGCUUCUUGCUUUGGGCGAGCGGAUUGGCAAUGUGAGCACGGGUUUAUCAGAGGAAACCAUUACCACUCAAUUGAAAACAAAAACUUUCGAGUCCUCUGCCGCUAAUCCGGAGGAAGCAGCUUCUGAGGAUGAAGAAACCGAUUCUUGCAUCAUAUGCCUGGACGAAUAUAAGAACCAAGAGACAGUGGGAAUUCUCGACUGUGGGCACGAGUAUCAUGCCGUUUGCUUGAAGAAAUGGUUGCUGCUGAAGAAUGUCUGCCCCAUAUGCAAAUCAGAGGCAUUGACUCCUAAAAGGAAGGACGUAUAAAAUUCAACGUCAAAAAUUUCUCUCCCUCUUCCCUCCAAUCCUUUUGGAUGAUACAUUAUUUUUGAACAAAAUGCAUAUUUGUAUAUUUACAUGCACAUAUAUACACUAUAGACGUUUACACCUCCCAAACUCAUUUAUUUAUCGGCACCAGAACAUUGUAUCUAUCAAGUUGUACAGACUUUGUUCAGCGUGGCGAAUUAACAAUAUUUGACAUCGAGUAAUUAUAUAAUUCUCGAUUUUCUCA